AUGGGCAGUACUAUGCUGUUGAGGUUCUUAUCUGUUUUGCUUCCCAGUUUUACUCGUAUGAAGCAGCACAUCCGAGCAGCACGAUUUCAUUUCACUGGAAUGCUGAAAGAAAGGAAAUUUUCUGAAGCUAUUCGUAGUUUCUUCAGAUAUGUUUAUAUUUUUUUUUUCUGCGAUUUUGAAAUCAGAGCUUCUUCGGGAGAACGAGCCUCAAAACAUUUUCAAGCUUUUUCUCAGGACACAGGAUUACCACCUCUUUGCCUAGGUAAGCUUGUCACAGCAUUUGUUCUCAGUUUAUGUUCUUUUAUUCAUUUCGUAAGUUAUCCGUCAGGAAGAGAAGUCCCAUCAGUUUUGAUUGGCGUCUUGGUCCAGGAAAACUUAUAUGAUACAACAUUCACUGUUAUAUUGAAAUUCAGGAAGGGAUCAGCGUUGAGGAGUACAUCUCACAAGGCACUGACUCGUAAUGCCUAG